GCCUAACUACUUGGAGUACCUCCUGGGCAGCUCUCUUAACCAAUCUUUAAUGAAAUACCUAAAGUUGAAGGUUUGUGUAAUUGUGGGUUUGCGUAAAAUUGAGUUCCGAUUGUAUUAUUUUGAUAUUCUUCAAUUACUUUCUCCUUUCCUUUUAGGGUUUCUUUCCUUGCCUCUUGGUUUUUGCUUUGAUUUUUGUAAUAAGUUCGAAAAUCUAUUAAAUAAUUUCCUUAAAAUAAUUUUUUAUUUUAAUUAAAUUAUUGGGAUCAGAGAUAAGUCGGAAUUCUUAUGUCCUGUCUUUUCUCGAUAAGUUUAAGAUACCAGUUUCAAAAAAAACAACGGACAUUUACCAUAGAGAUAACAACCAUCCUUUUUUAAUUUUCAGUUUCGCUAGGCUAGCUCCACUCGGAAUUCCUAUUUCUAUUAGUUUUUUCCGGCUUUCCAAUUUCCGACACCUCAG